AUGUUCAAGGGCCGCAAGCGGCUCACAUGGAUCGCCAUACAGGGCAAGUUCAAGCGGCCGCUGUCGCUGGACAGCGUCGUGUUCGGCCAGGAGUUUGGGAAGCCCUUCAAAAACCUGCCCGCGCCAUGGUUCAUCGACAACGUGCUGCUGCCCCUGGCGCGGAAGAUCAGCCCGGCCAUCCGCGUCGGGACCCUGGACGCGCCGUACCUCUGCUCCCCCCUGAUCACCGCCAGCCAGGUCAUCAACGUGUCUGUUGAGGGGCAGGAGCCGGACAUGAUGGAGGCGCAGGAGGACAUGAGGGUCUUCUCACGGGCCCUGCAGAAGGGGGGGGAGCCGCUGUCUGUCCAGGCGCGCCGCAAGCACUUCCAGUCCUCAAAGCACCGCGCGGGCGCCAGCUUCUCCACCAACCACGAGUUCAUCGAUUACGCGGCCUACAUCCUGUCGCUGUCUUACUCAUCCUACGACCUCACCCAGCACCUGGACGGCCAGCCGCUGCAGUUCAUGAUCAAGGACAGCGCCAGCGGCAGGCACCUGCUCAACCUCAGCGCGUGGCACAUAAACAUGGCCCGCGCCCUCUGCAGCAGGGAACGGCGGCGCAGGUUGCGCGUGCCGCGCGGUGACGACGGCCAGACGGGCCACGACGGUCGCGCGAACAACGCCCAGCCCAUAUCCCCGAUGUCUCAGGAAGUUCAGCAGCAGCAGCAGCAGCAGCAGAGCCGCGCCAGCACGCCGACCCCGGGCCCCAGCCUGGGCGGUUGGGGCGGCGAGGCGGCCGGCGGCAGCGGCGACGGCGGCGGCGGCGGGGGCCAGCAGCAGGCGCCGCCGGCAUGCAGCCGGCAGCUGUGGGAGCAGACGUCGUCGUCUGUCGAGGCCAGCUCACCGCGGGCGUCGAUCGACCUGAAUUUCAACAGAACUGGUCAGCAGCAGCAGCACCAGCAGCAGCAGCAACUGCCCCCGCCCCAGUUCCAGCAGCCCCCACCCCUCACGGGCAACAGCAGCAUCGGUAACACCAGCAGCUGCCAGUCAGCCGGCGCGCCCCCGCCUGCGGCACACGCCGCGCACACGCCAAGGGUCUCGUCCCCGGGCGCCGCCGCGGCGGCGCUGGGGGCGUUCUUCAGGCCGGGGUCAUACUCCCUGCAGGGGCUCGGGGCCAGCAGCCCGCGCGGGCUGGAAUCCGUGUCGGAGGCGCCUGUCAGCGGCCUGGCGGGCAGCGGCAACAGCGGCGACAGCAGCCUUUCGGCCAGGACGCCUCCCGGGACGCCGCCGCCGCAGGGCCGAACGCCGGCCGCAGCGGCGGCGGCGGCGGCGCCGGCGCCGGUGCCGCAGGCGGCGACUGGUGCCGGGGCGCAGGCGCCGGCGGUGGCGGCAGCCGUGGCGCAGCAGCAGCAGCAGCAGCAGCAGCAGCAGCAGCAGCUGGAGCCAGCACACCCCAGCAGCGCCGCUCCCGCGCUCCGGCAGACUUCAUCGCUGUGA